AAUUGCACGCGGCUAAUGACGAGCGCCCCUGCGGCGAAGUCGUAUCCGGCGAAUAUAGAGGACGGAGCGAUCACUUGGUGCCAGGCGCUCGUCCCGAGCGCGCGCAAGCUGUGUGCGGCCGGCCUCUGGCGCGUUAGCCUCUCGACGUUGAUCGCACAGGACCGACUCGCGCGCGCCAUGUGGAAGUUGAGGGUGCUGUGCGCGCUGAGCUGGGCGGUAAGCGCUGCCACCGCCCAAGAAUGGCGAGUGCCCAGUCUCACGCACUACCUGGAGAUCAACGAGACGAAGACGGUGAUAAUACCGUAUCGGGAGUUCGCCUGGGACCCGGACUCGCUCUACUCGAUCACGGUCAACGACACGCACAUCCACUACUACGGCAUGGACAUGAACAACCGCACGUUCAACGACCGACUGAUCAAGCUGGAUCCGAAGGAUCGCAUCAACGGUCGCAUCCAAGGCAGGGCUGGCUCGCACACGAUCGUGCUCUGGGGCGUCAACACCACCGACAUCGUCGAGGGCUUCAGGCGCACCCACUACACGGUGCUGCUCAUUUACCCGCGCAACCUCAUUCGCGGAUACAAGGCCUUCGCCUUGCCGCCGGACGGCGUGCCCAGCUCCUACCCGUCGCUGCCGCUGCACAUGUUCGCCUACGUCGACAGGAUCAAGUUCUUCCUGCCGAGCUUGAAGAAGUGCGCGCCGUGCGAGUUCGACUACGGCGGCAACAGGAUCGAGUCCAUCGGCCAGAUACGCACUGACGCGGCGCCCCCGACUAUGCCCUUCUUGCUUUGGUCCAACGACGUCUCCGACGUUCCCUACAUCUACGUCAGCAACUUUCCCAACAGAUCGUCCAUCAUCAAGUACCUCAGGCGGGACUACAGCGACUACAGGAAGUCGUUCGACAGGCUGCCAAGGCUCCUCAAUCACACCAUGGACGUGCUCGCUGCCACUGUGAGUAUCGUUAGCUUCAGAACGCUGAAAGAAAACGGCAUGCGGCAGCCGUACGCUGUGGACACAAGCAUAACUCUACCGCAGCAGCAGAAAUCUGGCAAAGGUGUCAACACCUACAUCAACUUCUGCUACGGCGUCGGUAGCCCCCUGGUCUACUGCGGUCAAUUCAACGAGUUCUUCGAGCUCCGCUACUUGAAGCCACUGCCCCUGAUAGACGACCACUACGCCCAUCGAGUGUCGCUACAGUUGUCAGCCGACGGCCAGCUGAUCGUCACCGUGGUGCAGACGCCCAAGCAAAAGGACAGAGCCCAUCGACUUAUCUCCUACGUGUUCGACAAGGAAGGCCACGUGCGCAGAACCUUUGACUUCGGCAAAAUCGAUCGCAAGUAUCAGUACAUCGAGUUGGACAGCCAGUACUUUAACAGCCCGUAUUUCUGUCUCUAUACCACGGAAAUGAAGAAACCUGGCACGAUAGACUCUCAUCAGGUGGUCAGGUGUACCAAGUACGCCUCCUUGAUAUUGUAAAUGUCUGCCCUGUCUUUUUUUCCAUUACUUGCAAUACACGCGUGUGCCUGUUAUUAUUCUAUUGACGCAUACGUAUUCGGGAUGCAUGCGAAUUUUUGUACAUUUUAGUCGUGCAUGCAUGCGCUCUCCUACGCAAGAGAUAUCAAUAUGCAUACUGUACAUCAGACAGUGACAAUCAGUUUGUUAUCAUUUGAUAAUCCAAUUUUCUAAUUCUAUUCUGUGUAACUUCAAACAAUAAAGUGUAUAAUAGAAGAUCAUACCAAGUUUCA